AUGGAUCAACUUUUUACUUGGCGGCUGGCAAAGACCUUGGCAAUGGGGCAGGGUUUGGCUACACUCAUCUGUGGCACAGCCAUCACAUCGCAGUACCUGGCCACAGACUUCCAUGUGGAUACUCCUAUGCUGCAGAGCUUCUUCAACUAUGUGCUGUUGUGUGUUACCUACAUUCCAGUGUUGAUCUGCAGAAAAGACUUUGUGAACUAA